AUGGCGGGCGAGGACCACCAGUGGCAGGGCAGCAUCCUCUACAACAUGCUCAUGAGCGCCAAGCAAACCCGCCAGGCUCCGGAGGCGCCCGAGGCGCCGCUGCGCGGCUCGUGCUGGGGCUGCUCGUGCGGCUCAGCGCAGCCAGGGGACAGAGAAAGCCUGCAGGGCGGGCGGGCCGUGGCGCACAUGUACCGCUGCUGCUUCUGCGGCGAAGACCACCCGCGCCAGGGCAGCAUCCUCUACAGCUUGCUCACUGGCGCCAAGCAAACGCACGUGGCUCCGGACGCGCCCGAGGCACCGUGUGUCCCGCAGAGGCUAGGGGGCACGGACGGGCUGCAGGGAGACCAGACCUUGGAGCUCUUGUACCGCUGGUACUUGGGCAGUGACGACUCACUGCGCCAGGGCAACAAGCUCAACCACCUGGCCUUGGGCGCCAAGCAAACGAAUGUGGCUCUGGAGGCGCCUGAGGUGCAACUCGGGACCCCAUUGUGGGGCCCCUUGUGUGAUGGGCAGAGGCCUGUGGCCCUCCAGAACCCCCAGGUGGUGUGUGAGGCUGCCUCAGCCUGCCUGCUGAAGACGAUGCACUUCGUCAAGAACUUGCCCUGCUUCCAAGUGUUGCCUCUGGACCAGCAGCUGGUGCUGGUGCGAAGCAGCUGGGGGUCACUGCUGCUGCUGCAGCUGGCCCAGGACCAUAUACACUUCCAGACGGUGGAGGCCUCCGAGCCCAGCGUGUUGCAGAAGAUACUCACCACCAGGCGGCGGGAGAGCGCAAGCGAAGAGUCAGCGCCUCAGCCCACGCCGCAGACCCUGUUGGCACAGCUGCCCACGGCCACCGAAGUCCAAGCCAUCAAGGCUUUCCUGGCCAAGUGCUGGAGCCUGGCUAUGAGUACCAAGGAGUACGCCUUUCUCAAGGGGACCGUGCUUUUUAACCCGGACCUCCCCGGCCUGCACUGUGUGAGGUACAUCCAGGGACUUCAGUGGGGGACUCAGCAGAUCCUCCAAGAGCACAUCAGGAUGGUGCACAGAGGGCGGCGGCAGCAAGCCAGAGCGGUGGAACUGAAUGGCGUUCUUUCCCUGCUGAGAUUCGUCAACACCAGUGUCAUUUCUGAACUCUUCUUCAGGCCCAUCAUUGGUACAGUGAGCAUGGAUGACAUGAUGCUGGAAAUGCUCUGUACCAAUUUAUAG